UCAAAAUUGAGGUGUGAGUUUGCGCAGUGAGUAUCUGUCAGACAAGUUAAUUGUCAUUCGUGAAAGUGAUUUGAAAAUAAUUGUUAAUUUUAUUCAUUUAAAAACAAUUUUUGGGACGAUUAACCGCGUAUUGUACAACCCGCCGUUAAUUUUUUUCUGAAAACAUUGUUAUAUAUAUUUUUUCAAUAAUCUGCACUCUGUUUGGCACCUACCGCGCAAACUCAAAAAAAAAAAAACCUUUUUGUAAACUGUCAAAUCCAUUCUCUUAAUUUCAGUUCUGUGGCAUACGUGAAAAAAUCACUGUCAUAAGUCAAUCUGUGCUUCUGAUUUUUGUUCCAUGCCACAUGCUUAAAAGUUUGGUUAGGAUUUAAUUUAAGAAGUCAAAUAAAAACCAAAAACAUGGUCCGAAAGAAAAUAGACAACAGAAUAAGAGUUUUAAUCGAAAAUGGAGUUAAAUUGGGCCACAGAACUUUAUUUGUUAUCGUGGGUGAUAAGGGAAGAGAUCAGGUAGUUAUUUUACACCACAUGCUGGCAAAAGCCGAAGUUAAAGCCAGACCUUCAGUUUUGUGGUGUUACAAAAAAGAAUUGGGAUUCAGUAGUCACAGAAAGAAAAGAAUGAAACAUAUCCAACACAAACUUCAAGCAGGAAAACUAAGUGUUAACGAAGACGAUCCUUUUGAAUUAUUUUUAGCUUCUACUAAAAUAAGAUUCUGUUAUUAUUCCGAAACGCAUAAAAUUCUCGGAAACACUUAUGGUAUGUGUGUUCUUCAGGAUUUCGAGGCUCUAACUCCAAACUUACUAGCUAGAACAAUUGAAACUGUGGAAGGAGGUGGUUUGGUAGUUCUGUUACUUAGAUCAGUGGCUUCUCUUAAGCAACUAUACACUAUGAGUAUGGAUGUACAUCAAAGAUUUAGAACAGAAGCACAUCAAAAUGUAGUUUGUCGUUUUAAUGAAAGGUUUCUAUUGUCACUAGCUUCCUGUAAAAGGUGUCUAGUAGUAGAUGAUCAACUCUCAGUCCUACCAAUAUCUUCACAUAAUUUACAGGUAACACCUGUAGAAAGUGUACAAGAAAGUGAUGAAAAUUCCAAGGAACUAAAUGACUUAAAAGAUCAAUUAAGAGACACACAGCCUGUAGGGCAGUUGGUUAACCUUUGUAAAACUCUAGACCAAGCUAGAGCUCUAUUGAAAUUUGUAGAAGCCAUUUCUGAGAAGUCACUAAGAUCAACAGUAUCCCUUACAGCUUCUAGAGGUAGAGGAAAGUCAGCUGCACUAGGUUUAGCAGUUUCAGCUGCAAUUGCUUUUGGAUAUUCCAAUGUAUUUGUUACCAGUCCAAGUCCUGAAAAUUUGACUACAUUUUUUGAAUUUGUUUUUAAAGGUUUUGACGCUUUGGAGUAUCAGGAACACAUUGAUUAUGGCCUUGUUCAGAGCACUAAUCCUGAAUUUAAUAAAGCCAUUGUGAGGGUGAAUAUAUUCAGGGAUCAUCGACAAACAAUCCAGUACAUCCACCCAACAGACAGUCACAGACUUACCCAAGCAGAGCUGUUAAUUAUUGACGAAGCUGCAGCUAUCCCUCUGCCAUUUGUAAAAACAAUGCUGGGUCCCUACUUGGUGUUUUUAGCAUCAACCAUCAAUGGGUACGAAGGUACAGGCAGAUCCUUGUCUCUAAAACUUUUAAAUCAACUGAGGGUUCAAGCAGCACCCAUCGGGGCGAAUACUAAUGCUGUGAAUAAAAAGGAUUCCGGUGCUGCAACUGGACGAACGUUACAUGAGGUAGUAUUAAAUGAAUCAAUUCGGUACAAACAAGGUGAUGAUGUGGAAACAUGGCUUGUACAACUGCUUUGCCUUGAUUCUAUAUCUGUAUCUCCAAUUUUAUCCGGAUGUCCACCACCAGAUAAUUGUGAUUUAUAUUACAUAAACAGAGAUACGCUGUUUUGUUAUCACAAAGCAUCUGAAGAAUUUUUGCAGCGAUUGGUGUCAUUAUACGUAGCUUCACAUUAUAAAAACACACCAAACGAUCUUCAAAUGAUGUCAGACGCACCGGCGCAUCAUCUAUUUUGUUUAUUGGGUCCUGUGGAUCCUAAAAAACGAACUUUACCGGAAGUUCUGGUGAUUGUUCAGGUGUGUCUUGAAGGUGAAAUUUCGAAAAGUUCUGUAAACGAAGGGUUUUCAAGAGGAAAAAGAGCCGCUGGUGAUUUAAUUCCCUGGACUGUAGGGCAACAAUACCAAGAUGCCGAUUUUCCUAAAUUAGCUGGGGCUAGGAUAGUGAGGAUAGCUACACAUCCUGAUUAUCAAGGGAUGGGAUACGGUGCUAGGGCUCUAUUCAUACUCAAACAGUACUACGAAUUUAAAAUUCCCAGUUUAGAAGAAGAUGCCCAAUUACCAAAACAAGAAAUUGACCAUGUAGACGAUUCGACAGUUGGUUUGUUGAAAGAAAGUAUAGAGCCCAGGAAUGCAUUGCCACCACUUUUACUCAAAUUGAGCGAAAGGCCACCAGAAAAGUUGCAUUAUAUUGGGGUAUCUUUUGGACUUACUGAACAGCUUUUAAGGUUUUGGAAAAAGGCAGGUUACGUGCCGGUUUAUCUGCGUCAAACUACGAACGAUUUGACUGGCGAACACUCUUGCAUCAUGUUGAACGUAUUAAACAGCGACGUAAUCAAAUCUGACGAUUGGAUAGCUGCUUACUGGACGGAUUUCAGAAGACGAUUCGUCAAUUUGUUGUCGUAUCAAUUCAACAAAUUUUCGCCUAGUUUAGCCUUGGGAAUACUGUCGAAUAAAAUUGUGAAACUCAAAAGUAAAGACUUGACUAAAGCUGAAUUAGAAAUGCAUUUUAUGAAAUACGAUUUGAAAAGGCUGGAGAUGUACAGUAACAAUUUAGUAGAUUAUCAUCUUAUUAUGGAUUUGAUGCCGACACUAGCAAAACUUUAUUUCCUCAAUCAAAUGGGGGAAACACAGAUGUCUGCAGUUCAAUCAGCUAUACUGUUGGGUCUGGGACUUCAACAUAAAACAGUGGACGCUCUAGCAUUAGAAUUGGACCUACCAGCGACCCAGCUUCUUGGCCUAUUCAAUCGUUUGAUGCGAAGAUGCAGUCAAUAUCUUAACUCCGCUCUCGAAGACGACAUAGAAAAAACGCUUCUACCCAGAAAAGACGCCGACGACUUAAAUAUGACGCCGGUAGCGAAGUCUAUGCAAGAUGAACUCGAAGAGGCUGCCAAAGAAUUGAAAAAGAAGCAGAAGAAAGAAUUGCAGAAGCUGAAGAAUGAAAAUCUGGAGCAGUUCGCGAUUAAAGGGGGUGAGGAUGAAUGGGAGAAGGUGCUGACCGGGAAAGGAAAGAAGAGUAUUGUCACAGUUAAAAGUGGGGAAAAACGGAUGCAUGAAAACAACGAGGAAGUCGAAUUUCCAGAUGUGACGACGACGAAGAAGAAAGCAAAUAAAAACAAAAAGAAAUUUUUAUAAAAUACAUAGUUUUUAUUAGUUUAGA